GUGUAAUACUGCUCCAGUUGUGGUGACAAACAGACGUACUUAAGUGCUUUAUAUAAAUACUGUUUAUAGUUAUCAAGUUUUUGAAGUAAGGCGUUAACUAAACACAACAAUGUCAACCGCAGUGGAGAACGGUCUACCGGUGGAGAGGCACAAUGGGCACAAGCUGUUCCACGGUACCAACGGUACCAACGGUACCAACGGCACCAACGGCACCAACGGUACCAAUGGGACCACCUACGGGACCAAGACAAAUGGACACAUGUUCCACUGUGAACACCAGUUCCUCCCGACAAUGCUGCUGCUGGAAGACAGAGCUAGAGCCAUCAAGGUAGAAUCUCGUCUGUCGGGUCUGGUGCUGUGCGGGGGGACGCUGCGGCGGGUGGGGGAGGUGUUUACGAGGGAGAUGGAGAACGGCCUGAGGGAGAAACCCUCCAGUCUGCAGAUGGCCAACACAUAUGUACCUGAACUGCCCGAUGGCACAGAGGAAGGAGUAUUCCUGGCGCUGGACCUGGGCGGCACCAACAUGAGGGUGCUGCUGCUGGAGCUGCGAGGAGGAGAGCUGAUCAGACAAGACGUCAAGCAGUACCACAUCAAUGACGCACUAAGGUUCGGGCCUGGUGAGGACUUGUUCAACUUCCUGGCAGACUGCGUCCACGAUUUCGUCAAAUCAGAAGGAUUGGAAAAGGAAGCUAUGGCACUGGGUUUCACAUUCUCCUUCCCGAUGAACCAGCACUCCAUCUCCUCUGGGGAGCUGGUGACAUGGACCAAGAGCUUCAAGUGCAGCGGCAUGGAGGGCCUGGAUAUGGCCGCUGAGCUGCAGCGCUGCCUGGACCAGAGAGGUCUACGUGUGACUGUCCAGGUGCUGCUGAAUGAUACUACUGGCACGCUGAUCGCAGGAGCACAUACGGACCCGGAAGUUGCGAUCGGAUUGAUCCUAGGCACCGGUUCUAAUGCGUGCUACAUGGAGAGAGCGGAAAGGGUCCAACACUGGGAGGUAUCCCACGAGAGGGUCAAGGAUGUGUGCGUGGACAUCGAGUGGGGAGCCUUCGGGGACAAUGGCUGCCUGGACUUCCUGAGGACUGAGUUUGAUGAUGAGGUGGAUGCUAACUCGCUGCUGGCUACAUCUUUCACAUUCGAGAAGUACAUUGGUGGAAAGUAUCUUGGCUCCCUGCUCGAGUUCGUUCUGAAGGGUCUAGCAAGGGAUGGACUGUUCCCCGCAGCGCCCAAGAAGGACUCUCUUCAGUCAGAACACGUCAGUUUGUUUGAGGAGGAGGCUCUCCAAGGUUCUGUGGACAAGACUGCGGCAGCGCUGAGCGCGGCGUGCGGGCUGACGGUGUCGCGGUCAGACGCGCUGGUCGCGCAGCACGCGUGCGCGCUCAUCUCCAACAGAGCCGCACAGUUGGUGUCAGUCUGCCUAGCGACCCUGCUGCGGCGCAUCGACCGGGCGCACGUGUCGAUCGCGGUGGACGGCUCCGUGUACAAGAAGCACCCGCGGUUCCGCUCGCUCAUGGAGAAUUACAUCACCCUGCUGGCGCCGCACCAUCAGUUCAAACUCAUGAGCGCCGAGGACGGCAGCGGUAAAGGGAGUGCGCUCACAGCGGCCAUCGCCAGAAGAAUCGCUGCCCGGUCUCCUUAGCCGGCUAAUCAAUUUAUCGUUUGAGUAAAUUUAUCAAAUGAGUAAAGUAGAUGUAAUAGACUUGAGUGACUGCGAUAGGUAUAUUGAGUAUGUAAAAUAUGUUAGAUACAUACAUAUCCGAAUAUUACAAUAAGGUUUAGCCAGUUUAGCCAAUUUAGCUUGUAAUUCCAAGCUUUUCUGGUAAACUUUUUGAAGAUGUACUAUUUAAUAAUUGGAAGUAUAAUUUCAUCCCACUUAUGAAAAAAUAAUUUAUUUUACACUCGAUAUUGUUUUGUAUAUAAAAUGGUUUUGUACAAAAUAAAAUUUAACACAAAUUGAGUGUAAUACAAACAUAAUUUGUGUAGUAAGUUUAUUACAUUCUCAUUUUAUUAUUAUUUUUAUAAAUUUAUAAUGAUAGGUAUGAAUAUUUUGAUAUAUUAAGUAGAAAUAAUCUCGAUGAAUUUAGAGAUAUGUAGUUAGUUUCUACAGUUAUCUUUAUUAAAGUUGUUUUCCUAAGCAUAGGUACCAUCAUAUAGUAUACACAGUCAAAUAGCUAAGACCUAGGUCUCUC